AUGUCAAGGGAAAGUGAGAAGGAAAAAAGUUUAUCUAAGAAGAUAAAGCAGAAUAUAACAAUAAAAGAAAUGGAAAUGGUGAUAAAGAAUGAAGAUAACACGAGCAGGAGGUGCAUGUCCAUGGCAGAAGGUGAGUUUCAACUAUCUCGGUGUGCCAAGAGACAAAGAAGAGAGCCUGCAGCAGCUGCACUUAAAUAUGAGGAUAACCAAGAUCAGAAGCAACAGUUACUGCCACAGCAACAAGUUGAUCAAAAUUCUACUACAAGCCCAAAAAAGAGAAGUUCAAAAUUUCGGGGUGUCAGCAGACAUAGAUGGACGGGUCGAUUUGAAGCUCACUUAUGGGACAAGCUCUCUUGGAACAUAACCCAAAAGAAGAAAGGGAAGCAAGUUUACCUUGGCGCUUAUGGUGAAGAAGAAUCAGCAGCUAGAGCAUAUGACUUAGCUGCACUUAAGUACUGGGGAACAUCAACUUUAACCAAUUUUCCGAUCACUGAUUAUGAAAAAGAGAUAGAGAUAAUGCAGACUAUGACAAAAGAGGAGUACUUGGCCACUUUAAGGAGAAAGAGUAGUGGCUUUUCAAGAGGCUUAUCAAAGUAUAGGGGUGUCGCAAGGCACCACCACAAUGGUAGAUGGGAAGCAAGGAUUGGGAGGGUUUUCGGAAACAAAUAUCUCUACCUUGGCACCUACAGCACCCAAGAGGAAGCUGCUCGUGCUUAUGACAUAGCGGCCAUUGAGUACAGAGGGAUCCAUGCUGUAACCAACUUCGAUUUGAGUACUUACAUAAGAUGGUUAAAUCCAUCAAGAGGAACUAUCUCAGAAGUAAAACUUGAAUCAGAGGUAGUACCAGAGACUCAGACAGCGGCAUCCCAAUCUAACUAUUCUCCAAUAGAGGUGUCCAAAUCCUUGGCCCUUCACAGUAGUACUUUCAAUUCAGAUUAUCUGAAUUAUCCCCAAAAGCAUGAAGUCUUUGAAAACAAAACAUACCAAAUCUCCAACACUAAGUCAUCUUCUCCAACUGCACUUGGCCUCCUUCUCCGGUCUUCAAUAUUCAGAGAAUUAGUUGAAAAGAAUUUGAACAUAUCUGGAGAUGAAACUGAUGGUGAAGACACAACAGAACAACAGCCACAGAUAGCUAGGGAAGAUGAGUUGGCUGGGAUCUUUUAA